AUGAAUGUUGAGGAGUGCGAUAUUAUUGAUUAUGAGAAGCUAUUUAAUGAAAUACAUCCCAGUUUUUCAAAAACAAAUUCUACACAUCUUCCUGUGAAAACAGGUUGGGAUUACACACUAACAUUACAUAAUUUUGGACACAGUAAAUUUGGCAAUUGUGUCACAAUUGAUCAGUACAUCCAAAAUUUAAGAGAUUCCACAAAUAAAAUUGUUGACUUUGAUCAGUUAUUUAUCCCUGGUGCGGGGAUCGCACAAAUACUUUACCAACACUCUUUAGGAAAGACUUCCAUUGCCUGUGCCCUUGCUAACAAGAGUCGAUUACCUGUAUUAUACAUUGAUACUGACGGGUCACUAAGCUACUAUAAGUUAAGGAGGAGUGGUCUGGCCUAUUUGAGAGUCUAUACUGCACAAGAAUUGUUAGCAUUGGUUACAAAUAUCAAACAAUUGCUGGCUAAUGACCAAUAUAUAUCGUUUGGGAACGAAACGAUAAGAAUAAAUGGCAUUGGGUUGCUUGUGAUAGAUUCAUUGGAUUAUUUGUUUGAUAGUAAAAACGCGGAAAUUGGCAAACUAAUCAAACUUUUGGACCAAAUAUCCAGAGUUUAUUGUAUUUCAAUUAUAGUAACUUAUCACCUAAACAUUGAUAAUCGAUUAAGUGACAACAAAUCUGAACGUUUAAGACUUCUAGAUGAGAGCUGGCCUUAUCAUUGUCACCUAACUGUCAUAAUCCGACAAAACAUUUUACACGGGUUAAGCAAUUUAAACAACAGUUUUGAUCAUAAUGGGGUUUAUGGUAAAGUAGAAGUAAAAUCUAUAUAUUUCGGCGAGCACGUAUACAAAAUAUAUCGUGGCAACGAUGCCAUAGAAAUAAUUAUGGAAAAUGAAUCAAAAUGUUAUCCUAUGGAAACCUAG